CUUCUCUUGGUUCCCCUGCUCGUCCUCUCCAUCCAUCCUCGGACGCUACCAAGAGGCUCUGAUGCAGCCGCCUGUCCACCCCCCCAUCCCCCUCCUCCAAUUCGCCUCGCGUGUUCCAUUUCAGCUCAGCUGCGCUGCAACAACGUCCUCGCUGAAGGUCCCGACGCGCGCCCGCCUCCUUCCCAAGCAUGACGGCGGCGGUGAGGCUCGUGCGGGCUGCCGUGGCCGCCGCGGCGGCCGCCACUGUUGCUGGCGCCCCCGUGGAAGACGCGGCCUUGGUGGCCCAGUUCGAGGAGUACCUGAGAGAGCACGGCAAGAGGUACGCUGGGGCGGAGUGGCACGAGCGCCUGUCGAACUUCCGCGAGAGCUUGAGGGUCAUCGGGGAGCACGCCGCCAGGCCCAGCUCGCACCGGCUGCACCUCAACCACCUGGCCGACCUGAGCCCCGCCGAGUUCGCGCGGCAGCAGCUGGGCCUGCGCCCCGGCGCGCGGCGGGGCCGCGCGGCGGGGCGGCCGCGGGGCGGCCCGGGCGCCCCCGCGGCGGGGGCCUCGCCCGCCCGCCUGGGCAGCAGCGGCGCCGCGCCCGCGGCCUCCCUGGACUGGCGGUCGAGGGGCAAGGUGAACCCCCCUCGGCAGCAGGGCGGGUGCGGCGCGUGCUGGACUUUCGCGUCCGCCAGCGCAUUGGCCAGCGCGUGGGGAAUAGCCUCUGAGCAGAUGGUGAACGUCAGCGAGCAGCAGCUGCUGGACUGCGCCGGGGAGGAGUUUGGCAACACCGGGUGCGACGGCGGCGAAUUCGACGGGACCUACGAGUACGCCAGUCUGUCGCCGCUCUGCACCGCAGAGAGUUACCCGUACCGCUCCCGGAAGUUCGAGUGCGGUUCCCGUGCCUGCGAGGUGGGCAUCCCCAAGGGAGCCGUGCUGGGGCACAUGGACGUUGAAAGUGGCUCCGAGGCGGCGUUGAUGGACGCGGUCGCCAAGCAGCCAGUGACCGUCGGAAUCCAGGUCCAGGCUUCCGGGGGGCUGAAGCUCUACCAAAGCGGUAUCUUCUCUGGGGACUGCACAUCGGCGGUCAACCACGCAGUGGUGGUGGUGGGCUGGGGCAGCGAGGAUGGUAAAGACUACUGGCUCAUCCAGAACUCUUGGGGCCUCAGCUGGGGCGAGGGCGGCUACUUCCGGCUGGCCCGCGGGCCCGGCCAAGACGGAUCAGGCGAGUGUGGCAUUUUGGUCAUGCCCAGCUACCCCGUGGUGUCAUUGCCAGGGGCGACCACCACGGCCGUCGAGACAUGGGACACGACGUCCGAACCGGCUCUCGCCGACACCACGGCCGGCGAGGCAUGGGACACGACGUCCGGACCGGCGCUCGCCGACACCACAGCCGACGUGUUAUGGGACACGACGUCCGAGCCAGCGCUCGCCGACACGACCCAGGGCUUCCUGAUCUGACCGCGCACGGUGGGCUCCGCUCCCUGCGCAGACAGGAAAGGUCCUUCCCGGUCUGAUCGUCUGCGUCGCCCCGAGCCCGCGUCAAAGCACACCGGGCGAAGGAACGGCGCGCGGCGGCAGGAAUGCGAUCGGCACCUAAGUUGGAGGGGUGCUGGAUCUGUCGGCCCAGGAGGCGCCGUUGCACGAUUUGCGCCUCCGUCCUGAAUUCACCCCGUCUCCUCGUAUCAGGCCACAGUACAGGAAAAUGAGUGGCAAUUUUGCGCUACGUGCUAGGACGUUUACAGUGGCCAUGUCGCUUGCACUUGGCCUUGGCAUUUGAUGCUGUAGGCAUCAAAGCCUCGUGUAGUACCUGCGGGUGGUUGCGUCACGCUGGCGAAGGUCCAGGAGCGUGAGCAAGUGCGCGCGCAUUGAAAACAGAACGGCUGUGACUCAGUGUUUGCAAUCAGACGUGCUGCGCACGGGCUCGGUGCAUCCGCUGCUGGUCGACGACCAGCCUGGGACCAGGUCUGCGAGCCCUCCCUGCCUCCGGAAGGGGCCAAGAGGGAGGCCGGGAGCGGGCGGCUCCGAGCGCAGAGGAGGAGGAGGACGCUACCCGACGACAGGGGUGAGAGAACAGGCUCGCGCCAGAGCCGUGGCUGGGAGCUCAGCUUGGAGGCACGUCCAGCCUCUGCCACUUGGGCGCAACCGCGGUCGGACAGCAGAGAUCGGAGAAUCUCCCAGUGGCAGACAUUCACCGGUUGGCCAGUGAUGGCCAGGGACACGUGAUCGCGCCAGGUUCGGGUACUGAGUCGCGUUAUCAAGAGGUGUGCCAUCUCAAUCAUGUCAUGAACGGUAAUCCGAUCGGAUCGUGCGGAUUCGUCUUGCUCUUCCAGGGUUGGCG